AUGGCCCAACCAACCCCAAGACCAACACCAACAGCAUCCUCCGCCGCGAUCCAACAACUAACAACCUCCCUCGUCCAAUCCGGCCUCCCCACGCCUCACCCCUCAUUUUUACAGCCCAUCCUCUCCUCCAUAUCCUCCACCUCUCAACGCACCCCACCGCUCUCCUCCCUCCACGCAACCGCCCGCCUGCGCCUCCUAGCCUCCGACCUAACAGGACCCAACAUCCUCUCACCAACAACACCAUACUUCCCACCCAACACAUCGAAUGUCCAAAUUCCCUCGCAGACGCUAAGCACAGACAUCCCAGUCCAAGUGCUAGAUAUCGAGGACCUAGGCAAGAGCAAAUGGGAGCAAAUUGAAGCUCUAGAAUCCGAGAGGAAGGGCGAAACUACGAAGGGGAGGGAGGUCAUACGCGUUAUACCGGACUCGAGUGAUAACGCCUCUUCUCUUUCCACUCCCGCCACACAAACAUCCGCCGCUGCAAAUCAAGCGUCUACAACCAACAUCCGAAGCGCCGGCCCCUUUAGGCUUCUCCUGCAAGACGCCCGAGGACAGAAAGCGUGGGGGUUCGAAUUAAAGAAGGUGGAGAAGCUGGGUAUGCCGCCAUAUAUGGCUAUUGGGUGUAAGGUUGUGUUGAAGAGGGGAUGUAAGGUUGCAAGGGGCAUGGUGUUGCUAGAGCCAGCUACUGUAGUCGUGCUUGGAGGGAAGAUUGAGGCGUUGGAUAAAGUGUGGAGGGAGGGACGAGAGGGUAGGUUGAGGGAUGCCGUGAACACGGGGACAGGGGAUAGCGGGUGA